UGUGUGUGUAGCGUACGAAAUUGUCUGAUGCAACAGCAGGCAACCGAGUGAAAAAUAUUAUACUCAAGCAAAAAAUUCAGUCCUACGUAUCAGUGAACUUUGGUGUAUCUUUGGUUAUCCCUAAAAGCCCGUAGAUUCUCAUCAACAUGACGGAAGAGGAAUCGAUGUUUGAUCCCAAACUCACAAAAAAGAAAAAGAAGAAGAAGACUGGCUUUGAUUUGGAUGCAGCAAUGGAUCUUGAUGGUGGUUCCGCACUCAAUGAUGCAAAUGAAAAUUCAAAAGCAGAUAAGGAAAACAUGGAUGUAGAGCCUGCACCAGCAGAGGAAGAGGAAGCCUUAGAUCUUGAAAAUUUUGGCAAAAAAAAGAGGAAAAAGAAAAAGUUCAAUCUUGAAGAACUUGAUGCAGCUCUUCCUGAAACAGGAAAGAAAGAAGUACGUUUCCAAGAUGAUGUGGAAGAAAAAGCAGACGAAAAUGAAAUAGAAGAGCUAGACUUGUCCAUUGACUUUUCUGUACCUUUAAAAAAGAAAAAGAAGAAGAAGAAGGAUUUGGACGAGUUGAUGGCUGAAGAACGCAAGGAGAAUGAAGCCAAUGAUGUUGAGGUACAAAGUCAGUGGGUCGGCUCGGACCGAGAUUACACAUACGAUGAAUUACUUGACAGAGUAUUUAACAUAAUGAAAGAAAAGAAUCCUGAUAUGGUUGCUGGAAAGAAACAAAAAUUCGUCAUGAGACCACCACAAGUCGUCCGUAUUGGAACGAAAAAGACGUCCUUUUCUAACUUUACCGAGAUUUGUAAAACUCUUCAUAGACAGCCAAAACACUUGCUGGACUUUUUACUAGCUGAGCUGGGUACCAGCGGCUCGGUAGACGGUAACAGUCAACUAAUCAUCAAGGGUCGCUUCCAACAGAAGCAAAUCGAAAACGUUUUACGAAGAUAUAUCAAGGAGUACGUGACGUGUCACACGUGUCGUUCGCCUGAUACCAUUUUGCAAAAGGACACAAGGUUGUUUUUCCUUCAGUGCGAAACGUGUGGUUCUAGAUGUUCUGUGGCCAGUAUUAAAUCUGGUUUCCAGGCCGUUACUGGCAAGCGUGCUGCGAUUCGGGCAAAGACUGCCUAAAAAUAUUUGUACACCAUACUACAUUAUUUAGUUAUAUCUUUAAUAAAAAAAAAAAAUUAAUAAAAAU